CCGAAAAGAAAGAAUAACUCAUCGUUAAAGCGAAAUCAAACGCACUACGAGUACGAGUGCUCAACUAGACAGCCAGGGAUACCAUCAUAGACUUCAACAAUCCCCCCCCAAAAGAAAAUGGAAAUUUACCGCCUAUCCGCUGUCCAUGACGCCAGUGGCAGCAUCGACACCAAGCGGAACAUCUACAACGACACAGUCGAUUCUUCCCCAACUUCCUCCAAAGGAAGCCCUCUCUACUCUUCAUGGCUGCCCCUUAUCCACAACAGCCUCUCUUCUCUCCUACGCUGGACGGGGACCUACCCGGCCGACGUGCAGGAGUCCCACCUCGCUUUUGUUCGUGACGUCGUGGUCCCCCGCCUGAAGCCGCCUGCCGCGGCCGACAGGCUGCACUACAUCGGAACACACAGCCACGGCAUCUAUGAAGCAAGCCUCGCCUUUGGCUCUCACAAACCGGCCAGGGUGCGGUUCACGGUGCAGCCGCUGGUGGAUCCCAGCCCUCAGCGCGGUGACCCCUUGGGCCAGAAGGCAUUGCGCGAGACACUGGACAGUCUGGCGUCUGCAUGCGGCGCGGACCGCGCGUGGCUGGAUGCCUUUGUCGAUUCCGUCUUCCUCACUGCCGAAGAGGAGGCGAGCUUGGUCGGCAAGGCGGCGGCGGCGGCCGGUGGCGGUGGUCCCGGUGCUGCCGGUGGGCCACUGCGGCAGAACGGCUUUGUCGCAUUCGAUCUAGAGGCCAACAUGGACAAGAGCGGGAAAGCGGCCACCGUCAUGAAGACUUACCUGUUCCCGCAACUCAAGGCCAUCGCGACGGGCCGGAAGACGGUGGACACGACGGAUUCUCUCGUGAGGCGGCUUGCCCAGGGCGACAAGCAGAUGCUGGCCUCCUGGGAACUGCUCAAAACGUUCCUCGUCAACGACGGCGGGGAAAAGAUGAACAUUGACUUCCUCGCCAUCGACUGCCUGGCGCCCAGCAAGGAGCCUCGCUUUAAGGUCUACGUCUCCUCCCACUUCAAGUCGCUCGCCGGGGUCCGUGAAGCCUUCACCCUGGGCGGCCUUCUUCCCCGUUCCUCUGCCGACUUUCUGUCACAAGUCUGGCCCCAGCUCAUGGACAUGGAAGACGUUUCCCCGGCCGCGAUGGAGGACAUGGAGAAGCCGCUCAGUAACCCCGACAGCCAUUACAAAGGGGUCGGCUUCGCCUUCUCCGUGGUGCCGGGCCAGGCGGUUCCGCAAAUCAAGAUGUACGUGCCCAUGUGGCAGUUUGCGCACGACGAGGCCAAGAUCGUCGAGUGCUACCAACGCGUGCUCCAAACGCAGGGUACGAUGGGGGAUUACGACGUUGGAACUGCUCUUGAGAGCGCCUUCGGGAAACAGAGAAACACGGGUCUGCAUACUUUUGCGUCCAUCAUCUCAUCUGCAAAGGGUUUGGAACUUACCACUUACUUGGGGCCAAGGGUUUGGGAGUAAACUUUCAAAGAAUGUAGUUAACUGUAACAUUGCCGUUUUGGAACAAUUGCUUUUGAAACCCUAGCUCCGCCAUCAAAUCGUUUUUUUGAGCUGGAAAACUGUAUAAAAAAUAAAAAUAAAAAGUAAAGAAAAAA